CGCCAAUCGACGACGACACGAGCUUGGCAUGACGCUCGAUCGAGUCCCGGUACUCGGCGAUGCCGCGGUGGCCGUCCUCGAGAGCCCGUCGAAAGGUCGAUAUGUCGUCGCUACGUCGACGUACCAACCUGGCGACGUGGUGUUCCAGGACCAAGCGUUCGUGUACGCGAGUUGCAACGGCGAACACUUGCUCGAGACCAAGGUGCCAACGAUGGCCAACCUGCUGGACGACGCGCUCGAGACAGCGGACGAGUACCACCCGAGCAUGCAUCGCUUGUUUGCGAGUCUACUCACGGCCAUGCGUGGCUUCGACACGAUUGGCGAAGUCGACCGGGCCAAGUGCAUCUUGAAAUGCGUGACACAGUUUCUGCGCCACCCUGCGUCGCUCGACGGCAUGAUGGCAUUGUCGUACGUGAACGAGCCGGCUUGCGUCGACACGGCACAGCAGUUGGUCCACGCGUUUCCCGCCGUGUUCACCCAAGUGUCGGUCCCCGUGCUCGCCAAGAUCAUUGGUGUCCUCAACACCAACUCGCACGAGCUGGAGGGCAUCGGUGGCACCGGUCUGUUUCUGUCCGCGUGUUUGAUGGAGCACAGCUGCGCCCCCAACUGCAGUUUUACCACGGACGGCCACACGUUAUGGGUGACCGCGAUUCGACCGAUCGAGGUCCACGACGCCAUGUCGAUCGACUACGGCAACUUGUUUUAUCGACCGCGCCACGAACGCCAGCAACAAUUGCAACAAGGGUAUGGAUUUGCAUGCGUGUGCCGCGCUUGUACGGACCUCCCCGACAAGACACGGGCGUACUUGUGCCGCCUGCACGGGUGCCCUGGCCUCGUCCAUCCGUUCCCGACCCAGCCUUUCGAGACGUACCAGUGUACAACGUGCGGCCAGGCGUGGUCGCGGGCUCAAGUCCAAGCGAUUUUGCACAUGGAGCGCGAGUUGGAAGCGCAUUUGCCGACGACGCACCGCGACAUCUUGCGCAUUGAGUCGUCAACGCCAUUCCACCGCUUCCACUACCUCCUCUUCUGGGCCCUCGACAGCAUGGGACUGAAACGCGCCCCAGGACUCGACCACGACGAGAACGCGCUGGGAGCCAUGUGGAGCGACCUCAUGUCCGCCAUCGAGUACGUCGCGCCGGACGCGAUCCACGAAAAGGUCAUCUAUUACGACCAGUUGGCGCAGGUUCAAGUCCUUACUGGAGACAUUCCCGGCGCGGUCGACGCGUAUGGGGAGGCCUACCGCAUUUCGUGCGUCGUGAGUGGCGCGCAGACGCCGCCGACGCUAGCACUGUACCAAUUGAUGCACAACCCGCCUCGAAACCGAUCCGACUUGAUUGCACGGUGGGCACGCCAUGCAUCACGGAUCGAGUCCACGUUGAUCAUGGCGUUGCAGGUACGGUCGACAAGACCACGAGAACGAUGAAGUCGCCAUGGAAUAAGAGCACGGGGGUUGCAAGUGGUCCUCCCUGCUCACUGUUGACGGCGACGGUUGAAUAUGUCGAAUGCCUUGUCCAUGAUG